AUGCAAGGUGUAGCGGCCCUGCUCCACCGCCAGCACCACACCGCAGCUUCCGACGCCGCCGCUCGCGAGCCCAGACGACGCCGACGCUCCCACCCCGGCUCUCCUCUCUUUCCUUUGUUCUGGCCCUUCGACCGCCUGCACAUCUUCCGGCCUCUCUUCUCCGGCACCGUCGCCCUCCCCGCCCUACCCCCCUUUCCCUCCGACAUCAUGUCCUUCCGCACGAAGCCCGUCAUCCCGGCCACUCCGCGCGUCAUCUCCCCGAGCCCCACGCCCUCCGACCGCGAAUCCUCACAAGAUGCCUACUUCGGCCCCACAACCAGAUCCGCUGCAAGGAGACGGAGGCUCGCCACGCCGCAGCCUGUACAGGAGGAGAACCCGGACGAGGACACACGGGACGGCCUGCGAAGGGCACGCACGAGGAGCAGGAGUCCCUUGGGCACGGCCAAGGUGAACGGCCUCACGGCCAUCAAUACGGAAAAGCCCUCAACAACAACCAAGCCUGAGGCCCUGCCAAAUGGCGCUGCCAACGGCAAGGCCGGUGAGCACGAUGCCAACGGCCACCUGUCCCCCAGCUCCGCCCAGACGCCCGGCUGGAGCUGGCGCGACUUCAGCCGCAGCCCGAGCCCGCUGGGCCUGAUCCCCAUCCACCGGCACUGGCGGACCUUUGUGCACAAGCACGAGGUGCCGCGCAAGCUGCUGCACCUGUCCAUCGGCUUCCUGGUGCUGUGGCUGUACGCGUCGGGCACGCAGACGACGUCCGUGACGCCCUGGCUCGCGGGCCUACUGGCGCCCAUCGCGACGGCUGACUACGUCCGCCACGCCAGCCCGGCCUUCAACCGCCUCUACACGCGCGUCCUCGGCGCCUUCAUGCGCGAGAGCGAGGUCGCCGGCUGGAACGGCGUCGUCUUCUACCUCCUGGGCGCCCUGCUCGCCCUCGGCGGCCUCCCCAAGGACGUCGGCGUCAUGGCCGUCCUGCUGCUCAGCUGGUGCGACACCGCCGCCAGCACCUUCGGCCGCCUCUACGGCCGCUACACCCCGCGCAUCCGCCGUGGCAAGUCUCUCGCCGGCUCCGCCGCCGCGUUCCUUGUCGGUGUUGUCACCGCGUGGGGGUUCUGGGGCUGGCUCGCUCCCACCAUCGGGCCCAUGCCCGGCGACGAGGGCUUCAUGUUCAAGGGCACGCUGGGCCUGCCGCGUGCCGUUGUGGAUGCUGUCGGCUUGGGCGGCGAGGUCACCGUGUCUGGCGGCGUGGCCCUGGGGCUGAUGAGCCUCUGGUCGGGCUUCGCCGCUGCGGCCAGUGAGGUCGUCGAUGUGUUCGGGUGGGAUGACAACUUGACCAUCCCCGUCCUGAGCGGGCUUGGCAUCUGGGGGUUCCUGAAGGUCUUUGGGUAG